UUUUAUUUGAAAUAAAAAAGUAAUGGUCAGCAGAUUGAGGAAAUGCCGUAAAAUGAGAGGACAUGUAUGUCACGGAUAUGGUAGAGUUGGUAAACACAGAAAACAUCCAAGCGGUAGAGGUGUUUCAGGAGGUUUAACACAUCAUCGCAUCAAUUUCAAUAAAUACCAUCCAGGUUAUUUCCAAAAAGUAUUAAUCUUUAUCUAUAUUUUAGACUGGAAUGAGACAUUUCCAUUUAAAAAAGAAUACUCUUCAUAAACCAGUUGUAAAUAUUGACAAAUUAUGGUCACUUGUCACAGAUGAAACCAGAAAAAAAUAUGCUAGUUCAAAAGAUAAAGCAGCUGUGAUUGAUGUUACAAAGGCUGGCUAUUUCAAAGUUCUUGGAAAGGGUAGACUCCCAAAUUAACCUGUUGUUGUUAAAGCUAAAUUCUUUAGCAAAACCGCAGAAAGAAGAAUUAAAGCAGUUGGUGGUGCAUGCAUACUCGUAGCCUGAUACAUUACAUAUUACAAUAUUAAAUAAACAAU